ACUAUCUAGGGCUUACCUCCCCUCAUUCACCUCCCAAAUACUCAAUCGCAGAUUCACACUCCCCCCUUUCCUUCUCUCAUCUCUCUACACAUACACACACAGUAUCUAUGGAAUCUGUUGUAUUAUAGCUCUCUCUCUUUCUCUUUAUCUCUCUCUCUCUCUCGCCAUCUCUCUCUCUAUCUUUCCGUCUUUCUCUCCCUGAAACAGCUGCGUAGUGGAGUAAUUAUACUAUUAUUAUGCCCACUAUGGAAACAACUGCAAAUUCAAACCCCACUCAAGCUGCCGAAGAAAUCAAAGUCUUGGCUAAUGAUGCUUUCAAAGCUCACAAGUAUUCUCAAGCUAUUGAUUUGUAUAGCAAAGCAAUUGAAUUAAGCAGUGAAAAUGCUGUUUACUGGGCAAACCGUGCUUUUGCACACACUAAACUGGAGGAGUAUGGUAGUGCCAUUCAGGAUGCGACAAAGGCAGUUGAGAUUGAUCCUAGAUAUUCUAAGGCUUAUUACAGACGGGGUGCGGCAUAUCUUGCAAUGGGGAAGCUCAAAGAUGCAUUGAAGGAUUUCCAGCAGGUAAAGAAAAUCUGUCCAAAUGAUCCUGAUGCGACUAAGAAAUUGAGGGAAUGUGAGAAAGCUGUUAUGAAGCUCAAAUUUGAGGAAGCAAUUGCCUUACCUGUUACUGAAAGACGUUCAAUAGCUGAUUCUAUAGACUAUCACACUAUAGGGACACAUCCAGAAUCAUCAUUAUUUUCCCCCCAAGUUGCUGCUGUAGCAGUUGUACUAUUGGCGGUACUGGUCAUAAUGAUGGGAACACAAGCAGCCACAGUGGUGGCGACAGCAGCAAUAGCAUCAUAUUUGUUGUUCAGGAGGACAUGGUGGGGUGGCUACAUGGGCAAUAUCUUUACGAAGAGUCGAGCGCUUAAUCUAGAUGUGGAAUCACAGUACACUGGGGCAAGAAUAGAGGGAGAUGAGGUAAGUUUGGAAUUUGUGAAGAAUAUGAUGGAGGACUUCAAGGCUCGAAAGUGCUUACACAAAAGAUAUGCGUUCCAGAUAGUCCUACAAACAAGAGACAUGCUGCGAGCAUUGCCAUCGCUUGUUGAUAUACAUGUUCCUAAUGGAAAACAUUUUACUGUUUGUGGUGAUGUGCAUGGUCAGUUUUAUGAUCUAAUGAAUAUUUUUGAGCUCAAUGGACUUCCAUCAGAUGAAAAUCCAUAUCUGUUCAAUGGAGAUUUUGUGGACAGGGGGUCAUUUUCAUUGGAGGUCAUACUUACACUGUUUGCAUUUAAAUGCAUGUCGCCAUCUGCUAUACAUCUUGCUCGUGGCAACCAUGAGAGCAAGAGCAUGAACAAGAUAUAUGGUUUUGAAGGCGAGGUCAAGUCUAAGCUGAAUGAUACCUUUGUGGAACUAUUCGCAGAAGUUUUCUGUUGUUUACCUUUGGCUCAUGUGUUAAAUGACAAGGUUUUUGUGGUCCAUGGAGGUCUUUUCAGUGUUGAUGGGGUGAAACUCUCUGACAUUAAAAAGAUUGAUAGGUUUUGUGAGCCUCCAGAAGAAGGUUUGAUGUGUGAACUGCUGUGGAGUGAUCCACAACCUCAACCUGGAAGAGGACCUAGCAAGCGUGGUGUUGGUCUUUCUUUUGGUGGAGAUGUCACUAAAAGAUUUCUACAAGAAAAUAAUCUAGAUUUAGUCGUGCGCUCUCAUGAAGUGAAGGAUGAAGGGUACGAGGUUGACCAUGAUGGGAAGCUUAUUACUGUAUUUUCUGCACCAAAUUACUGUGAUCAGAUGGGUAACAAGGGUGCAUAUAUUCGUUUUGAGGCCCCUGAUAUGAAGCCAAAGAUUGUUACUUUUGCUGCAGUGCCACAUCCUGAUGUCAAACCAAUGGCAUAUGCCAACAACUUCCUCCGAAUGUUCUCUUAGUUAUUGGAUUGCUAAUACGUAUCUGUGUCCUGUCAAGAAACUGGUUGGUCAAUGCUGCUGAAACACAAUGUCAUCUCAGCUAGAAAGUUGAUAAUUGCCUAUUGUGCUGUGAGCUUGAUCAAUAUCUAAACUUUUAUUGGCCGUCUCAGAUGUUCCAAGACCCAUUAAUUUUAAUUUUGUUGGUCAAGGGUAGUGUUAAAGGUGAAAAUGAAAAGCACGACUGGUAGUCUAUAUAGUCUAUAAUGGAUGUCUUGUCCAUCCGUUUGUAUUUAUCAACUUGCGUUGUUAUAGAUUUUCUUAUUAGUUGGUGCUAUGAUAUUAAUCAAAUAAUAUUAUAAUUCA